UCAAGAUCCUAUUUACCUACUUCUCGACAAAACAAAUCAUAUCAACCAAUCUCAAUCAUAUCUUCUUCUUCUUGAUCUCUUCAUCAUACCAUGUCUACUUCCAUCGAUCAAUCUUCAAGACCUUUCUUAUUAUCUCAUUUACCUACCUCAGCUCGAGUUUCAUUCCCUGUACCUUCUCAUCAGUCUCAAUGGACUACAGCUGAGAUCUCUAGAGAAGCUUUUAAUCUUUGGCUUGAACUUCAAUCUCAAUCACCUUUAAAUUCAAUCAUUCAAAAUCAAGAACAAGACGAAGACGAACAAGAAGAUGAGGCUGAGAUCGAAAAUAAAAAAUCAAAUCAACUUUCUAAAACUAUCGAUGAAGCUAGUCUGAUCUUAUUAUCGCAUUACCUUGAAUUCUCAUCUAAUCGUUCUACAGAUCAAUUACUUACUUUAUCUGCUAUAACUCAUUUUCAUCAAACCAUUUUGAAAUCUAAUCAACUUGAUCCUCAUUCUUUUGCUCAACUUAAAACUAGUUCUGAAGAAGCUCGUAAACAAAUCAUUAGAUCUUAUUAUCUUGCUAGAAUCAGUUUAGAGUCUCAUCCUGAUUUGCCAAAGGCGAUCGUAGGUAAAUUAUGGAAAGAUGAAAUGGGCAAGAAAGUCGUAGGUGUGUUUGGUGGUCAAGGUGUGAAUGAAACGUAUUGGGAUGAACUAGUGAAUUUAUAUUCACUUUACCCUACAUUAUUACAUCCAUACCUUCAAACUGCCGAUGGACCUUUGAUCAAUCUUGCUCGAUCGGCCAAUGCCAGUAAUUCACUUUACAAAGAUCACGGCAUUCAUAUCCUCGAUUGGUUAACCAAACCGAACACCAAACCACCCGUCUCUUACCUAGCCACUUGUGCUAUCUCACUUCCUCUCAUCGGAUUAGUCCAAUUUGCUCAUUACAUCACUAUUGGACGUACACAAGGUCUCAGUCCCAAUGAGCUUUCCGCUCAACUUUCGGGCGGUCUCACAGGCCAUUCUCAAGGUGUGGUGGUAGCUGCCUUGGUUGCAGGUCGUUUACCUGCUUCUGAAGAUACCUGGCCCAACUUUUACCAAUCUGCUAUCCGAGCUCUUACUCUUUUGUUCCAUAUCGGAUUACGAGGUUCAAUCGCAUUCCCUCCGAUCUCUUUACCACCCAAGGUGACCAGCAUCACUGCCGAACAAGAGGGAUUACCCACACCUAUGUUGGCUGUCACCGGUUUACCGUUAGGACCUUUACAGAAAGCUAUUGAAGAACUUGAUGCGCAUCUUCAAAACAAUGCUUCUAUCACCUCCAACGAAUCUUCUAGUCCUCGUUCACAUGGAUCAGUUCAAGUGUCUCUUUUCAAUGGUCCGAAAGCUUUCGUUGUGACUGGAAAUCCGAGAAGUUUGGUCGGAUUGGUCUCUGCUUUGAGAAAGGGUAAAGCAGAACCUGGACAAGAUCAAUCCAAGGUCCCCUUCAGUAAACGACUCCCGGUAUUUUCCAUGAGGUUCUUACCUAUCGGCGUGCCAUAUCACUCGAACUACCUCCAAGGAUGUACGGCAGACUUGCUUAAACCUGUUGAAGAGGGUGGGAUAAGCCCAGAUGAAGUGUCUUGGUGGAACUCGCACAAGAAAACACUUGGUUGUCCAGUGUUUAAUACCGAAACUGGAGCUGAUCUUCGAUCUGAAAGUAAAGAUUUGCUCAAAAGUCUUGCGGACCAAAUCUUCACUAGCCCGAUCAGGUGGACAGAAGCUUGCGCAUUUUCUUCUGACACCACCCAUAUUGUCGAUUUCGGCUUGGGUAACUUGUCAGGUAUUGGUUCAUUAAUUGCACGUAACACCGAAGGAUGUGGUAUGCGAAUGGUCUUUGCUUCUUUGGCUGUCUCUGGUCAAGGCGCAAAGACUAUGAAUGAGGUAUAUGCGUCUACUACAUUGGUGAAGGAGGAGAAAUGGUCUGAAAAGUUCAAGAUCACACUUGUCAAGACUCGGGAUGGUCGAAUUCACAUCGAUACCCCCUUUUCUCGUCUACUGAGCAAACCACCACUCAUGGUUGCUGGUAUGACACCUUGUACAGUGCCUGCUGAUUUCAAUGCUGCAGUCAUGAACGCUGGUUAUCACAUCGAACUAGCUGGUGGUGGACACUACAAUGCCAAAGCUUUACGUUCAAAGGUCGAUACUAUUCGAUCUAAACUUCAGAAACCCGGUUUGGGCUUCACCCUCAAUGCUCUUUACAUCAACCAAAGGCAGUGGGCCUUCCAAUUUCCACUCUGGCUUCAAAUGCGAAAAGAAGGACUUCCAAUCGAAGGAUUUGUUGUAGCAGCUGGAAUUCCUAGUACAGAAAAAGCCAAAGAGAUCAUUGAUGGAUUACGUGAAGCUGGGAUCAAACAUGUUAGCUUUAAACCUGGUUCAGUGGAUGGAAUUCGACAAGUCGUCAACAUUGCUGCUUCGAACCCCGAUUUCCCUGUGAUCUGUCAAUGGACAGGUGGAAGAGCAGGAGGACAUCAUAGUUGUGAAGAUUUUCAUCAACCGAUCCUCUCUACUUAUGCAUCAAUUCGAGCACAGAAGAAUUUGAUCUUGGUGGUCGGUUCAGGAUUUGGUAGUGCGACCGAUGUGUAUCCAUACUUGACAGGUGAAUGGUCAAAAACGAAAUUUGGAGUUGAGAAGAUGCCAUUCGAUGGAGUUUUGUUCGCCAGUAGAAUGAUGGUAGCUAAGGAAGCAGCUACCAGUGAUUCAGUGAAACAAUUGAUUGUUCAAGCUGCUGGUGUAACUGAUGAGAAGUGGGAAGGCACCUAUGAACGUGAAACUGGUGGGAUCAUUACCGUUACUUCCGAACUCGGUGAACCGAUUCAUAAGAUUGCUACUCGAGGUAUUAAACUGUGGAAAGAAUUUGAUGAGACUGUCUUUGCACUUCCACGUGAGAAACGAGCAGCCUGGUUGGAUUCACAUAAAGAUUAUGUUAUUUCCAGAUUGAAUGCGGAUUUCCAGAAACCUUGGUUUGCUGAGAAAGAUGGACAACCAGCUGAAUUAGGAGACAUGACGUAUGAAGAAACGGUUAAUCGAUUGGUUCGAUUGAUGUUUGUUUCACAUCAAUCUAGAUGGAUUGAUCCAAGUCUUCGAAACUUGGUGGGAGAUUGGUUAAGAAGAAUUGAAGAAAGAUUAUCAGAAGUGAAUGGAGCGGCUAAAGUAUCAGAACUUCAAUCUUAUUCAGAAUUAGAUUUACCACAAGAAUUCUUGAUUCGAUUCUUUAAUCGAUAUCCAGAAGCUAAAACUCAAAUCUUGGCUUCUGAAGAUAUUGCAUAUUUCUUGGCUCUUUCACAAAGACCUGGUCAAAAACCCGUCCCAUUUAUUCCAGUCUUAGAUUCUAAUUUUGGAAUUUGGUUUAAGAAAGAUUCACUUUGGCAAGCAGAAGAUAUUGAUGCGGUUUUUGAUCAAGAUCCACAAAGGGUAGCUAUCUUACAAGGACCGGUGGCUGUAUCCCAUUCGAAAUCGGUAGACGAGACAGCUGAAGAAAUUUUGGGAGGUAUCGAAACUGGAUUAAUUCAACGAUUAAUUAAAGAUGUUUAUCAAGGAGAUGAAUCGUUGAUUCCAACGAGUGAUUAUUUAGGAAUCAAAAUCGAUAGUCAAAGAUUAGAAUUACCUGGACUUAAGAUUCAGUAUUCGAUUGAAACUAAACAAGAAGAAAUGAUACAUACGUAUGAUAUUGAUGGGAUUUUACCAGAUCAUUCAGAUUGGUUAAACGAAAUUUGUCAAACUGGAGCAGGAGGAAGUGAAAGUGAAGGGAAAGGUCAAAAAUCAUCGACUCAUUGGUUAAAAGCUUUGGUUGAUACGGUUUGGAUUUUGUUAGAUGAUCGGUUUAUUGAGAACCCAAUGAAGAAAUUGUUGAAACCUAGAUCGUCACAGAGGAUUCAAGUGAUUACUGAUUUGAUUGGAAAUCCGAUUAAUGUUAAGGUCUUUGGUGGGAUUAGGAAUUCGAUUGUUACUUAAAACUUUUGGCAAUUUGAAUGGAAAAGAUAUCGAA